CAGAAACACCAUGGAGGACGCCGCUGCUUUCAAAGCUUUCCUCAUGAAGCAGGACGGACCGAACCUUUACGAGCCGCUGAGCCGGCUGCUGGUCCGAGUGAUGGACGAGCAGCCGCACAGCGCCGCGGAGAUGCUGGACGAGUUGCUUGAAGAGCUGAGGUCCGGGUCCGGGUCCAGAUCAGGGCCCAGGGGUGACAGAGAACCCCCACAGAGGGCUGCAAUGGAGCGGCUGGCUGAGCUGCAGAAACCCCUCUUUACCAAGCCCGAGGACCCGCAGGAGGUGGACACCCCUCUUCCCAACGUGAGCAAGAUCUCCUUCUACCUGGAGCAGGCGGGGGUGGGCCUGGGCCAGGUGGAGACCUUCAGGAUCAGUCUGGCCAUCAGGCAACUGGUGGAGUCAGAGGCCUUGCCCCGCUGCCGCCUGUGGGGCAAAAUCCUGGGCACCCGGGGCAGCUACAUUGUGGUGGAGGCCGAGUACAGAGAUGGGGAGCAGGACGACGAGCCGGACCCAGAGGAGGAGGACGAGCCAGGCCAAGACGAGCAAGGGCCGGACUCUCAGGACCAUGAAGGCCUUCCGCAGCCCGCGUACAGACCUCCGCCGGCGGUGCCCAGAGAGGCGGUGGGAACCGGCGCCAACAGGUUCAUGUACUACGUGUGCUCAGAGCCGGGCCUUCCCUGGGUCAAGUUGCCCCCGGUGACCCCCGCGCAGGUCACCGCCGCACGCUCCAUCUACAAGUUGUUCACGGGGAACCUGGACAGCCCCGUGGUCAGCUACCCGCCGUUCCCCGGCAACGAGGCCAACUACCUGCGGGCUCAGAUCGCCCGGAUCUCGGCCGGCACGCACGUCAGCCCGCAGGGCUUCUACCAGCUCGGGGAAGACGAGGCCUGCGAGCCCAACCCGGACUUCGAAGACGUCCAACCUGCCCUGAUGUGCGACCUGUCGGCCUGGGUGCACCACAUGCCGCACAUCCUGCAGCAGGGCCGCUGCACUUGGGCGAACCUGUCUGGGAAACGAGGGGACGACUCCAACGAGGAGGGAGAAGCUGAAGAGGAGGAGGAAGAGCCGGAGGAGAUGGGACCCCAGCUGCUGACCCCGCUCUCCCUGGAUGCAGAAAUGUUCGGUGUCCCCCCUUGGACCUGCAGACUGUCCUCCACACUUGUCCCCCAGCAUGCCGUGGCUGUGCUGCGCUCGAACCUGUGGCCCGGAGCGCACGCGUACGCCAGUGGCAAGAAGUUUGAGAACUUCUACGUGGGGUGGGGUCUGAAGUACUGCGGGGGAGGGGGCUUCAGCCCGCAGGCCCCGCCCCCCCCACAGACCGAGUACCCCGAGGGCCCCGAGCUGGCCGAGGUCCCCGAUCCCUCCCUGGAGGACGAGCAGGCUCUCAGGGACGCGCUGGAGGAGCGACACUUAUCUCCAGGCCUCGACGAGGACGACGAUGAAGAGGACGACGAGGACGACGAAGACAACUGAAAAAAAAAGUCCGGUUCAUCCUCCGAUCACACCUUUAAUAUUGUCUCUACAAGAGUCAGUUUAACACAAGGAUCCCAUUUAACGUUACUCAUUAAUGUCCACUGGUGUCUAGAAAAGUUUCUCCAUCUGCUUGUUUUGUUUUGUUUUUUUCUGAUCCACCUUCACCGGAGCCACUCACAUCAACCCUGCUGGAAACCACUGA